AUGGUACAUAUGAAGGCGUUAGCCCGGGGAUAUGUUUGGUGGCCAGGGCUGGACGCAGAAAUUGAAGAAUGGGUUCGGGUUUGUACUUUGUGCCAGCAAGCCAGACCGGAGCCUCCACAGGCUACACCUCAGAAGUGGGAGUCACCAGGGAAACCUUGGGCCAGGGUACACAUUGAUUUCGCUGACCCAGUUCAGGGGCAAAUGUUCCUUAUUGUAGUGGAUGCAAUGUCCAAAUGGCUAGAAGUAAUUUUAAUGAAGUCAACCACGUCACUAGCCUUGAUCCAUGCACUCCGCCGGCUGUUCGUGACCCACAGACUGCCGGACAUCUUAGUCAGCGACAACGGCCCAGAAUUCACUUCACAGGAAUUUAUUCAAUUCCUAGCUGACAACAGUAUUCGACAAAUCACAUCUGCCCCCUUCCAUCCUGCUUCUAAUGGGCAAGCAGAACGAAUGGUCAGAACAGCUAAGGAGGCCCUGGGUAAAAUGUCAGAAGGGGACUGGAACCAAAGGUUGGGCUCUUUCUUGUCAAGGCAACACACCACUCCAUGCAGUGCCACGGGCUGUAGUCCAGCUGAAAUGUUGAUGGGCCGUCGCCUCACUACUCGAUUGAACCAGUUGCACCCGGAUUUGAACAAGGAACAGUCCGAGCGCAACCCUCCGCAACCGAAGGUGCGCAUGUUUGAAAAGGGAGACAAGGUCUUUGCCCGAAAUUAUACUGGUGGGCACUUGUGGGUUCCCGGCGUAGUGUCUGAAGCAAUAGGCACACUAAUGUAUGCAAUCCAGCUGGCUGAUGGCAGAACGUGGCGGUGCCACAUCGACCAGCUUCGGAGACGCUGGGCAAAGGACAGUCCUGACUCUCCGACAGUUGAGCCCUCCGAAAGUGUUUUCCAACCUCCAAACUUGGAGUGCGGCAAAGAAGUGGCGCAGCGCAAUCACAUCGGCAAUCGCUAG